AAUUGAUAAUUAUCAAUAUAAAAGAAAAAAAUAUAUAUUUAGAGGGGGUUGAUGAUAAAAUAAUUUUAAACACUAUUUCUGGACUUAGCCACCUAUUUGAUACAUUUGAAUUUUGAAAAAAAUAAAAAUGAAAUGCUAAAAGUAUACAUCACUUAAUUUGGCAUUAACUGAAAAAUCAAUGACAUCAUUAAAGUUCAUUGAGAGUAGUUUCUAAAAUUUGAUGGGGCCGGAAAAAGAGAUAACCAAUUAGCAAUACCAUGUGCGCACUUCUUUUUAUGUAAUUUUCAUCAUGUGUAGACACAUAUAUGCUUUUAUUACUCCAAUCUAAAAAAAGGGAAAAAUUUGUAAAGGAGAAUAAAUGAAAAUCUGUAAAGGUGAAAAGAGAGUCUGUAAAAGGGCAAAAGAGAAAACAAAAUCUGAGUUCUUUGACUACUUAUCAUGUCUCUUUGCUCUAGUAUUUAAGCUCAAUCCACUUUCUUAAAAUUUCAACAUACUGAACUGUUCAUGUUUCUCUGCUUCCACUCUCAAAAUUCCAAAGACUUAAUCUCUAGAAACACAAUGAAGAUUGAGUUGCUGUGGGUUGUACUCUUCACUAUCUUAACUAUUGGAGAAGGAAGAAGAAGUACUAGCAAUGCCUGCGAUUCCAAUGACCUGAAGGGCCUAACCAUUUUCAAGUCUAGAAUUCAUGUCGACACUUCAGGCCGGCUAGAUAGUUGGUCCAAUGAAACCAGUUGUUGCAAGUGGAAAGGCAUUUCUUGUGACAAUAGAACAGGCAGAGUCACAGAGAUCAAUCUACCAGGGUUAAUUACAACAGAGGAUGCUCCUAUCCAAGCCGAAAUGAAAGGUUUGCUAUCUCCUUCAAUAACACUCCUAUCCUCUCUAGAGGUCAUAGAUCUUGGAGAGCUCGCUGGUCUUUCUGGAACAAUCCCAACAUCCAUAGGGUUUCAUCUCCCAAAUCUCCGAAAGCUUGUUCUCUAUGGCAAUAGGGUUUGUGGAUCAAUACCAGAAAGCAUUGGUAAGCUGUCAAACCUUGAAGAACUUGUACUGCAUGAGAAUAGGUUUUCUGGGUCACUCCCACCAAGCCUUGGGAACCUUAAGAAUCUAAAUAGGCUACUUGUUCAGUCAAACCAAUUUGUGGGUAGUAUACCUGAUUCAUUUUCAAAUUUGACAAAUUUGGUUCAUCUUGAUCUUUCUAGCAAUUCUCUAACUGGUCACUUACCACAGAGAAUUGGUCAGCUUCAGGUCUUGAAAGAGCUUGAUCUUUCAAGCAAUCUUUUGGUUGGGGAAAUUCCACCUUCAAUGGCUAAUUUAACUGCCAUUUCAGUCAUAUCCUUGGACACCAAUCAUCUUGAGGGACCAAUCCCAUUUCCAUCAAGCUUUGCCCAGAUGUAUUCUCUUAAGAUUUUAAGGCUUCAAUCCAAUCAUCUUACUGGAAAAAUACCCUCCACCUUUGGAGAAUUGGUCUCUCUCCAAAGACUUUCCCUAGCAGAUAACAAGCUUGAGGGAGCAAUUCCCUCUAGUUUGGGGAAUUUAUCGGCUUUGAGUGAGCUAUACCUCAGUGGCAACCGCUUCUCUGGCCAAAUACCAAAAUCAAUAGGUCAACUUUCUCAGCUUAUAUUGUUGAACGUCUCUCAUAAUCUGAUUCAAGGACCACUGCCUUCAGAGAUGUCUUCCCUUCGAAAUAUUGACACACUUGAUCUGUCGUUCAACCGUUUAAGCCUCUCCUCCAUACCAAAAUGUGUUGCGGAAUUGCCUACUAUUUCCAGGAUUUACAUGGCAGGAUGUGGAAUCCAAGGGGAAGUUCCAGAGUUCUUACACAAAACUCCAAUACAAGAAGUCGACUUAUCUGACAACAAUCUUACCGGAAGUAUUCCAACUUGGCUCGGAAACCUUUCUCGGCUCUACAUAUUGAACCUGUCCAAAAACUCACUUGUUUCAAAGAUCCCUGACUCGAUUACUAACUUGGAUCAGUUGGUUGUGAUUGAUCUCCAUGCAAACAAGCUAGCAGGCUCCAUAAGUCAAGUUUUCCAGAUAAAACAGACAUUCCCAUUUGAAUCAUCACUGACGUAUGUUGAUCUAUCUGAUAACAGUUUCUCAAGUGGAAUCGAGCAAAUUGGUGUAAGACCACAACAUGGCAUUAAGUUUCUCAAUUUAUCAAGCAACAUGUUGCAAGGGAAAUUACCAACAUCCAUACAGAGAUUGGAGUCGCUUGAAAGUAUGGAUUUGAGUACCAACAAGUUAGGUUUCAACUUGCCAGAGGGCUUAGGAAAUUUGAGCAAGUUAGAGACGCUCAACUUGCAGAAAAACCGCUUUAACGGCAGCAUUCCAAAUGGAUUUUUGAAGUUAAGAAAACUGAAGAAAUUAGGUUUAUCAGACAAUCUUCUGGUGGGAAAAAUCCCAGGAGGCAAACUGAGCGACUUUCCGAAGAGUUCUUACUCCAAAAACAAAGGCUUGUGUGGAAAGCCUCUGAAGCCCUGUAAUAAGCACACAUGAACGCGUU